GCAAAAGGUAUAAGAUUUAUAAAGAUGAAUCAUUGCAUGAGAAGAAGGGUGUCUUUGAAAAGACUGCAUUCCCAGCUGACAUUGUUUACAAGGAGGCUUUGUGACAAGGCUUCAGAGAAUCAAACCUCCAAGCAAAAGAAUGAAAUAGGUGAACAGCAGGAGAGAGAAUAUAUACCGCCUGGAGGGGAAGCAAGAAAUGUGACAGACAUCUUGUUAGAGGACAUAAAGCCAAUAUUUCAAAGGCAGUCAAGUACUACAGAACUUCCGAUACCUCGCCACACAGAUAUUGUCAUAAUGGGAGGUGGAUUGGUCGGUGCUGCUGUGGCGUAUUUCCUUUCCAGUCAGUCGUCAAAACUGUACAAUGUUACAGUUAUAGAGAGGGAUUAUUCUUAUACAAGGGCGUCGUCGAUGUUGUCCUGUGGUGGGAUUAGACACCAGUUUUCAAUACCUGAAAAUGUUCAAAUGUCCAUGUUUACCUCAGAUUUUCUCAAGCACUACAAGGAACACCUCAGUGUUUAUGAUCAGGACCCACCUGAGGUGUGUUUUCAUCACCAAGGUUACCUGUUUCUGGCUCCUGGAGACAGAGUGGAGUUCUUAGAGAGUUGUGUUAAAAUGCAGAGAGAAAAUGGGGCAAAGACAGUUCUACUUUCCAAGUCACAGCUUGCUGAAAAAUAUCCUUGGCUAAAUUUGGAUGGUAUAGAAGCAGGAUCUUUGGGUACCUCUGGUGAAGGCUGGUUUGAUCCCUGGCAGCUGGUUCACUCUCUUAAAGCCAAAAAUAUUACAAAUAAUGUGAAUUAUUGCGAGGGAAAUAUUGUAAAUAUAAGACAAGAGGUAAUACAAGUGCCUUUGGAAGACGAAACUACUCCACGAACAAGAAUUGUGGGUGUUGAUGUAGACCAUAAGAAUGGGAAAAGAUACGGCUGUAAUGCUUCACUGUUUGUCAACUGCUCCGGGCCAUGGGCCGGGGAAAUCGCAACAAUGGCAGGUGUAGGAACUGGGGAGGUUGGUAAUGAAUUGCCACUGCCUGUUGAACCAAGAAAGAGAUAUGUGUAUACCAUACAUUGCCCCGAUGGCCCGAUGCUGGACGCACCUUUCCUUGUUGAUACGUCAGGGGUGUAUUUCCGUAGGGAGGGGCUUGGAGGACAUUACAUAUGCGGGGCAUCCCCUACAGAGGAUAGUGAGCCUGACGUAAAUGACCUUUCUGUUGACUACGGGUUCUUCACUGAUUUUGUUUGGCCAGCAUUGGCGCAUAGGGUUCCAGCAUUCAAUAAUUCUAAGUUGAAGGCGGCAUGGGCCGGUUACUACGACUACAACACUGUAGAUCAGAACCUCAUCAUCGGUCCUCACCCGUACCACACAAAUUUGAUCUUUGCCAACGGGAUGUCCGGUCACGGUGUACAGCAGGCGUUGGCUAUAGGACGCGGUAUCUACGAACUCAUUUAUUACGAUGAAUACAAAACUAUCGAUUUGACAAGGUUUCAAUUUGAACGAUUUAUAAAUGAGACACCGAUCCGAGAAUAUGCAAUUGUAUAGACUGUUUCAUUUUACCAGCGUAUCAUUUGACGACGUAGAAUGGCAUAAAAAGGAUGAGAUUACGUAUGAUUUUAAUGAUUAUUCGAGCUCAUUUUAGUGGACAGGAUUAUAAGUAUUGUUACGAUGAGCCAUUGUGAUCAACCAUUAAGUGCGUCAUCAAGGAUUUGCUGUUUUGUUUGCAUGCAUGUAAUAUUGUUCAUUGAUAAUCAUGAAAUUUGAACAUGAUACUUAUAUGCUUACAUAGCCAGUCCUGCUUCAUUGAAUAAUAGUCAUCUUGGGUAAUAAUUUGGUAACCUUAGUGCAGUAUUGGGUUAACUUCUAUUAAGUUACAUAAGAAGGUAACCUGUUAUGUGUACAAUACUAAUGUGACGAUUUAUGUAUAAAAAAUACAAAAAACAUGUUAAUCCUUUAAGCCUUGCUGGCAGUGUUUUUGGAAAAUGGGGAAAAAUGAAUUCUGUGAUUAACCAAUGAAAAUUGAUGUUACAAACAUGGGUAAUUGUAAAUUUAUCUAACAAUAUGUUUUAAGAUCAAAGAGUGGAGGAGUCAGGAUACUCAUUGAUUAUCUUUACCAUUCACCAUUUCUAUGUAAAGUAAGAAUAGU